UCCCGUUUGGCAGUACGUGAUCAAGAAGAACCGGUUCCCGACCCACGUCGACCGACAGGAAGUGUUCGACGAGCUGGCUGUCCGACUGCAGCAUCCCGAAUGGCAGGUGAGACUUCACGGUUCGCGAGUGCUGGCUUACGUUAUACCAGCAGUCGGCCCACAACUGGAUCUAUUGAUGUCCCCAACAAUACUCCCGGCGGUCAUUUCGAAUCUUGCACACUUUUCACCAGCUCUCAGAAGUAGCUCUAUGGAUGCAAUAUUGAUUUACGUACAACACUCGGCUGAUCCUGAAUUCGUUCUUAAGUCCAUGAUCGUACAAGGAUUGGAUGUACCUGGUGCCAAAUCGAGUCUCACCGUGAAUGUUAUGGAAUGCGUUCCUGUAGUACUUCAGCAAAUCGUUAAGAGAAAUGGAGAACGACCAAUUGCCAUACCUACGUUUGUGCAUCUUGUAACUGCCUUAUCCAACAAAAUGGUACAAGCUACAUUUCAACAAGCUGCAGUUUACUGUUUGGACAGAGUUAAAGAAAUUGUUGGAAGAAAUAAAUUUGAUCACUAUCUUGAAACAUUUCAUCCUAUCAUCAAAAAGAUUGAAGAAGGUAAUCCUUUUGAGUUAAUGUAA